AUGGAGGAAGAGGAUGGAGCAGGAUCUGCAGCAUCCAGCUGUGUGUCUGUGAGGAGUGACCGGUCCAAAGGAGAACCUCGACAGUUCAGUAAUGAACCUGCAGCAACAAUAGCUUCUGCAAAGUGUGGAGAAAGAUCCAGAAGCAGAGCUGGACUGCAGACAGCCAGUCAGAGCAGCUGUGUACAAACAGAUGUUGGUCUGCAGGAGGUUUUAGAUGAACAUAAGAUCAGUCUGAGGAGGAGAUGUGAACGUGUGACUGAAGGAAGUGAUGAAACAGGAAGUAGAACCCUCCUCAACAGGAUCUACACUGAGCUCUACAUCACAGAGGGACAGAGUGAAGAGGUUCAUACCCAACAUGAGGUGAGGCAGCUGGAGACAACUUCCAAGACGGACGGCCUCCAUGACGCUCCAAUCAGGUGCCAGGACAUCUUUAAAGCCUUACCUGACCAACAGAGACCCAUCAGAGUGGUUCUGACCAACGGCGUGGCUGGUGUUGGAAAAACCUUCUCAGUGCAGAAGUUCACUCUGGACUGGGCAGAGGGCUUGGAGAACCAACAUGUCAGUGUGGUGGUUCUGCUUUCAUUCAGGGAGCUGAACCUGAUCAGAGAUGAGCAGUACAGUCUUCUGGAGCUGCUCCAUGUUUUCCAUCCAACAUUACAGAAGGUCACAGCAGAGAAGCUGGCUGUCUCUCAGCUUUUGUUCAUCUUUGACGGCCUGGAUGAAAGCAGACUUUCAUUGGAUUUCACCAACAGGAAGCUACUGUCUGAUGUCACACAGAAGUCAUCAGUCAGCCAGCUGCUGACAAACCUCAUCCAGGGGAAUCUGCUUCCCUCGGCUCUCGUCUGGAUAACUUCCCGACCUGCAGCAGCCAAUCAGAUCCCUCCUACAUGUGUCGACAGGCUAACAGAAGUACGAGGCUUCACUGACGCCCAGAAGGAGGAGUACUUCAGGAGGAGAUUCAGUGAUGAAGAGCUGUCCAGCAGAAUCAUCUCCCACAUGAAGACAUCCAGGAGCCUCCACAUCAUGUGUAGUAUCCCAGUCUUCUGCUGGAUCACUGCUACAGUUCUGGAGCACAUGUUGACUACAGAGCAGAGAGGAGAGCUGCCCAAGACCCUGACUGACAUGUACUCACACUUCCUGCUGGUUCAGACAAAGAGGAAGAAGAACAAGUACCAUGAGGGACAUGAGACGAGUCCACAGGAGCUGACGGAGGCUGACAGGGAAGUUCUUCUGAAGCUGGGGAGGCUGGCGUUUGAACAUCUGGAGAAAGGAAACAUCAUGUUCUACCAAGAAGACCUGGAGCAGUGUGGUCUGGAUGUGACAGAGGCCUCGGUGUACUCAGGAGUUUGUACAGAGAUCUUCAAAAGAGAGUGUGUGAUCUUCCAGAAACCAGUCUACUGCUUUGUUCAUCUGAGCAUUCAGGAGUUUCUGGCUGCAGUCUACAUGUUCCACUGUCACACCAACAGGAAGACAAAGGUGCUGAAGAACUUCCUUAAACCAAAAUCUUUAAUUAAGAUGAUUUCCAGUCUUUUUGAUAACAAAGAUCUCCAAUCACUUGAUGUAUUUCUGAGGAGAGCCAUGGAGAAAUCCCUCCAGAGUAAAAAUGUCCACCUGGACCUGUUUGUUCGGUUCCUUCAUGGCCUCUGUCUGGAGUCCAACCAGAGACUCUUAAUAGGUCUGCUGGGUCAGACAGAGACCAGUCCAGAAACCAUCCAGAGAGUCAUCAACAACCUGAAGAAGAUGAACAGUGAUAAAAUCUCUCCUGACAGCAGCAUCAACAUCUUCCACUGUCUGAUGGAGAUGAACCACCUCUCAUUAUUUCAGGAGAUCCAAGAGUUCCUGAAGUCAGAGAACAGAUCAGAGAAGGAACUCUCUGAGAUCCAGUGCUCAGCUCUGGCCUUCAUGCUGCAGAUGUCAGAGGAGGUUCUUGAUGAGUUUAACCUGCUUAAGUACAAAACAUCAGAGCGGGGACGACUGAGGCUGAUUCCAGCUGUGAGGAACUGCAGAAAGGCUCGAUUGAGCGACUGUGAUUUGUCAAAGUUCAGCUGUGAUUAUCUGGCAGCAGCACUGAAGUCCAACCCCUCCCAUCUGAGAGAGCUGGACCUGAGCUGGAACAACAAGCUGCAGGAUUCAGGAGUGAAGCAUCUGUGUGGUUUCCUGGAGAGUCCAGGAUGUAAACUUGAAGCUCUGAGAUUGUGGGACUGUGGUUUGUCAGAGAUCAGCUGUGAUUAUCUGGCAGCAGCACUGAACUCCAACCCCUCCCAUCUGAGAGAGCUGGAGCUGAGCUACAAAAACUUCCUGCAGGAUUCAGGAGUGAUGCAUCUGUGUGGUUUCCUGGGGAAUCCAGGAUGUGGACUUGAAACUCUGGGAUUGAGGUACUGUGGUUUGUCAGAGAUCAGCUGUUAUUAUCUGGCAGUAACGCUGAACUCCAAACCCUCCCAUCUGAGAGAGCUGGACCUGAGCUACAACAACCUGCAGGAUUCAGGAGUGAUGUGUCUGUGUGGUAUCCUGGAGAUUCCAGGAUGUGGACUUGAAACUCUGAGAUUGGGGGGCUGUGGUUUGUCAGAGAUCAGCUGUGAUUAUCUGGCAGCAGCACUGAACUCCAACCCCUCCCAUCUGAGAGAGCUGGAGCUGUGGGGAAACAACCUGAAGGAUCCAGAUGUGAAGCAGCUGUCUGAUCUUCAGCAGAGUCCAGACUACAGACUGGAGACUCUGAGGUGGAGGUGAUGAUGGUAAACAGGACGGUGUGUGUGCUGAGAGAGGAGCAGCUGUGUCCUGAUGAUCCAGAGAGGUUGAAGCAGCAGCAGCUUGUGUGUAGAGACGCUCUGACUGGGCCAUGUUACUGGGAGGUGGAGAGGAGAGCUUCAUCCAGCAGUGACUGACAGAGGAAUGAAGUGCAGAUGACUGUCAGUGCUGCAGACUG